AUGCCGUCAAAUAAGACAGACCAGAAGCGCAAGCGCUCUGCAGACAAUGACCGUCCCAGCAAGAAGCCCGCUCUUCAAACGCUGCCUCCGCUGGCUGCCAGCGUUGUCGAAGAUAAGAGCGAGCUGGCACCGGUGAUUGCCAACACCCCCGGUCUCGCAAGCUCAAAGAAUCUCACAUGGAACCCAUACACCAAAGCUCGCGCCAAUGUCUCCAAGUCUGCGGCUUCAGGCCGCAACGCCGGCAUUGUCUCAUCGGAGAUGCUGCUGCAGUCUUCAGACCAUGCCAAGAUGGACUUUGUCGGCCGUGAAGGCACAGGAGACGAUACCGACUCCCAGGUCAAGCACUAUGUCGCAGUUGUGGACCCGGAGCGCAAGACAUGGAAGGUCGUGGAGGUCCGCCGGGCUACUUUGCGAGGAGCAGUCAGAACCCGCAAGGCUGAAGACGAAGACUCCGAUGAAGACACGACCAUGCGCGCUCAGCGCACAGCUCUCACCAACACCUUCGGUACGAAACAAUCUCGCAAGGCCGUGCAAUCGAUGGCCGAGAACGCCCAGCUCUCCAACGCCCCCACUGGCGCGGUUCCCCAAGCAGGCGCAGCCCUCAUCUCCUCCAUGCCAGCCAACACCACCUCCGGCCGGGCCAAGGAACUGGCCGUGCAAGCCGAAGUACAAGCAGCCAAACCCCUCCCCACCCCCGAUCUCUCCGCCUCGCACCCCUCAGACGUCUACACGAUCGAAACCCUCGUACCAGGCAGCCACACGACCCUCACCCAACUCAACGGCGUGGACGAAUGGAAAUCCCAAGUCGAAGCAGGCCUGGGCAUCACCACCGUCUCCCGCUACGUCUCCAACCGCGUGGGCCCAGUCGUCCACUCAGACAACACCACCCACCUCCAAGUCCUGCGCUUCAUCCAACUCCUCAUCGAAUUCGGCCGCUGUCUCAAAAACGGCGGCAAAGGAGGUGGCCCAGGCUCAAAGCGUCUUCCUCCCCGCGAAGAACUCCGCCGCAUCCUCUCCAACACAACCGGCUCAGCCAAGUCCGAUCAAUCCACAGACCUCCUCCCGGAAUCAGUCAUCGAUGCAGUCCGUCGCCGCUUCGCCCCAACUGGCGGCUACGUCUCAAAGAACGACUUCACCCUCUUGCAAACUACCAUCUGCGCUCUGUCCUUGCACAUCCCACCCCAGCCCGCUAAAGAUGGUGGCUCCAGCUCCCUUGGUGGUAAUGCCCCCAACGAACUGGCAACUGAUCCUUCUGAUCUGCGUGACGACCUGCGUCUGGAUCCAGCUGCUAUUACGCAGUUCUUCAGGGAAUUGGGCUGUCGCAUUGAUAAGCCUCGUGAGACUGAGUUCGCGAAGUGGAAUAUCAAGGGUGGUCGUGCUGAGGCGAAUGCUCGUCGUGUUGCUCGUCUGCGUGUCCCAGUUGAGUUCCCUAAGGUCAGCCGUGGUGGUCGUAAGUAG